CAACACUACUAUAUAACAAAUAAUUUGAGGUGGUUAAUAAAACAAUGUGAAGAAAAACAAUUCAAGAAGUCGCUGAUCGAAUACGUGCAUGCAUGUUGUACUUAGAAGGUACGAAGAAGGGGUUGCUAUGCCUGUAUUCCCUCUUCUGAGAGCUGUCUUUCUACUAGCACUAGUUCCCUUACGACAAUCUACAAUCGAGCUCGAAGUUGGGGUGCUCGUUUCGUUUAAUUUCCCUGACUUUGGAGAAUGGCCUCCCCACCAAAGGGUCAUUACACAAACAGCAGUAGACUAUAUCAGAGAGGAAGUGUUCGAAUCCGGGGAGCUCAACCUAACAGUAAAGUACCUUGAUGAUGAGUGUUCCUCCAAACCAGGCAUCAUUGCUGUGGUUAAAGAACUUGAUAUGAUGGAAAGUGCCAGGGUGGACGGUUUCAUUGGACCCGGGUGCUCUGAAGUCUGUAAGAACACUGCUUACAUCGCCUCCAAAGAAGGCUUCGAUAUACCUAUGAUCUCGUAUGCUUGCACGCUGGACAGUCUGAGUAACAAAAAGGAGUACUCUACAUUCGCUCGAACUGUGAGCAGUGUCGGUGCCAACGGUGGCCCCAUGGUUACUAUAGUCGAUCACAUGGGCUGGGAACGGAUUGGGAUUAUCUACAGAAAUAUCAACCUGUAUGAGGAAGCUGCUGCCGAAUUGAAGAAGACAUUAGAAAAUGCCUUUGAGGGUGAAACCAACGACAGAAUGCCGGACGGAUUCAAAGUCGUGUGUUACAAAGUGUGGUAUUUCGACGACACUGCAGAUGCUACUGAGAAGGAGGCUACUGCUAAAGAUAUUCUUAAAGAAUGCAAGGAUGAAGUCAGAGUGUUCAUGAUCCUGGCUUACGACUCAGAUGUUAUCCUUUUCUUGAAGACCGCUCACUCUACACCAUCUUUCCCUUUUAAAGAGAGCGCUUUUAUCUCACUUGAAGUGACCACAGCCACGGUUAAGAAUGACACACAAAAGUACACCAGGGGCUUACUAUCGCUCAGUCAGAAGAAUCCCAACAACACCAUGUUCCAAGAUCUGACUAAUAACGUUCGCAAGAUCACAGGAAAACCCGACAUCGUUUUAGACGUGUACAGUGCGACUCUGUACGACUCACUACUGACUUACGCUAUGGCAGCCAAAAAGAUCAAAGAUGAUUACUACUUAGAGAACGAUUCGCAAGAGCUGGCAGUAAAAGAGGCCGGUGCUAAGAAACUCAUUAAGAACGGAACAAAUAUGGCUCAGGUAAUAUCAACACUGGACCUAUUUGAGGGAGCAUCAGGACAAGUGAAGUUUGAUGCUAAUGCAGACAGGAAGACCUCUUUGGAAGUGUUUCAGGCUCAAGUUGUGGACGGCACCAUCUACUUGGUCCCUAUCUUUGAGACGGACUCCACUGGCAAGCUAAAGUUGGUUCAGGACGCCACUUUUCAGUGGAACGACGGUUCGGAUGUUUUGAUCCAGGAUUAUACUACUGUAGGCCCAAACACACCUUCAGCAUGUGGUGAUGGCAGAGAACUGUGUACGGAGCCUGAUAUUCAGAAAACAAUCCUGCUGGUGACCCUGCCUAUAGGAGUAACCCUCCUGGUAAUUGUAUCAGUUCUUAUUGUCUUUCUUCUGUGGAGGAACAAGGUUCAGCGAUUACAAGAUCGGUGUCUCUGGAAGAUCCGAAGCUGCGAUGUUGAGUUCAAGGACGCCGCGGCGCAAUCCGGCAGGUUCAGGUCAGUCGAUCGGAGCAUGUCCCGAAUGUCUACAGCAUCUGAUGCCACUCUCAACCAUGGUAUUGUCGCGUACUACAAGAACAAUCCCACCUUCUUGAAGUAUCUCAACACUGAUAUUAAGUACUUCACUGUUACAGAUGAGAUAAUUCUAGAGUUCAAGCAGGUCAGAGAACUGACCCACCAGAAUCUGAAUCCCUACAUUGGGUCCUGUGUCGAGGUGCCAGACAACUUCUUCCUUGCUUCUGUUUACUAUCGCAAAGGAAGUCUACAGGAUGUCCUCUCUGAUUCAAACCUCAAAUUGGAUGACAUGUUCAAGAUGAGCUUUAUAUUCGACAUUUGCAAGGGUAUGCAAGCUAUACACAACUCACCUAUAAAGUUUCACGGUCGAUUAAAGUCCUGCAACUGUGUAAUUGAUUCUCAUUGGGUGCUAAAGCUUACAGAUUAUGGAUUAAGGAAGUUCUUGUCUUCAUAUGCUUUAGUAGAUCCCCUCAAAUCAGAAGAUGGGAAAUUCUUUGAUAUGUUAUGGAUGGCUCCAGAGCAUCUGAGACAAAGAGAAACAAUCCCAGAACGAGCGAUCGGAUCUCAGAAGGGAGACAUCUACUCUUUUGCUAUUAUCGUAUCGGAGAUCAUGUCGAAAAAUACUCCAUACGGAGAUGUAAAUUGUUCUGCUAAAGAGAUAGUGAUGAAGGUCCAGGAAGGAUAUGUGCCACCGUUCCGUCCUGACAUGCCGCUGGAAUGUACUGAAGGUUUUGCUGAAUUAAUAAAAAUGUGUUGGGAUGAACAGCCCUUGUCAAGACCCGACUUCCCCAAGAUUCUAGCUUUCUUACACGUCCUUCAACCUCAAAAGCAGAGAUCAAUAACUGAUCGAAUGAUAAAAAUGAUGGAACAAUACACUGAUAACCUUGAGGAAUUGGUUGCUGAGCGGAGUGAACAGCUUGCCAUCGAGAAAGAAAAAGCUGACAACCUUCUAUGUAGAAUGCUUCCGAAGCCGAUAGCAGAGAAACUGAAGCAAGGAGAGCCAGUCGCCCCUCAGGCUUAUGAUGAAGUUACGAUAUAUUUCUCAGAUAUUGUCGGAUUUACAGAUCUCAGCUCUCAAUCAACACCAUUCCAGGUUGUGGAUCUACUAAACGACCUAUACAGUCUGUUUGACGGUAUAGUAGAACGUCACGACGUGUACAAGGUGGAGACAAUCGGGGACGCGUACAUGGUAGUCAGUGGCCUGCCCGUCCGGAAUGGAAACAGACACGUCGCUGAGAUAGCCAAUAUGAGUCUCGACUUUCUUAACUUCGUCAAGAAGUUCAAAGUGAGGCACAAACCUGAUGUUCAGCUCAGAUUGAGGAUAGGAUUGCACACUGGUUCAGUGUGUGCCGGAGUGGUAGGACUGAAGAUGCCUCGUUACUGCCUCUUUGGAGACACCGUCAACACCGCAAGUAGGAUGGAAUCUAACGGUCUUCCUCUUAAGAUUCACAUGAGUGACGACGCGUACGAUGCCCUCUCAAAGAUCGGAGGCUACGAGCUGGAGUCUAGAGGGGAGAUAGCUAUCAAGGGAAAAGGUCAAAUGAAGACCUGGUUUCUACUGGAUAACCCAGAAUCCGAGAAACUGCGAACACAGCCAGUAUUUUCUCAACAAACCUCCGCUAUACUUGAGAAUGGCGUAGUAGUUCCCAGUCCCAGUCCUAACAAUAUAGCUAGGACUGGUCGGCCCAAUUCGGGACGUCCCAAUAGAGAGAGCCGUAGAGCCCGCCGCCCCCUUACCACUCACGACUUUGCGGAUGAAAAUUACAGGAAAUCAACCUCGAAACUUCUCAAAAUUUUGUAGCGGAAAAGGCGUGAUGACCACGUGGUUCCUCCUUGGAAAGGAGAAGAAACUCGAGGAGUCCCAGCUCCUUACAACCCUGCCCACCUCCUCGGAAAGCAACAAAUCACCGUCGCCCAAUAUCGUCAGAUCCAGGUCAUCAAGUCGGAGAAGCGUAAAGAGAGAACGGCCAAAGCAAGCUGUUGGGCCCUCAGAGACUAUCAUAUCAAUAGACGGGACUGCUGUUUACAAAAAUAAGUCAGCUGAAGACUCCGAACAGAAUGAUUCUGGUCAGAGAAAUAAUGGUCACAAUAACGGUUUUCUACCAUCGGUUAAUGCCUGAUACCACCUCAGCAUAUGUGUCAACUUGGUCACACAAAAUUAAACAAAGCUAGGAUUAUUUUUACUAAAGCUUAAGGUCCUACCUACUUAUCUGAACAGGAGAUUCGGGAAUCAAGAGUUAAAUAUGACAGGAUCACCAUUAAAUGUAGAUUUACGAGGAAACUGUUGAUUAAACUUGCUCGAGUUUUAAUGCUAUUUAUUGUUUCAGAAUUUAUCAAAACCUGUUUUGUAUUGUUGUUAUAUAUUUUGUCACUCUGAUAAGUGGAGUUGUGUUUUUACUACCGCAAUCUGAGAUAUCUUUGAAGUAUGAAUUUAAACACUGACUCUUAAAUAUUUUAA